AUGAUUGAAUGCAGAGAGUUAGGGAAUGUCAACUACAUUAAACAAGUUCCAGCCUCAACUAGUGACCUAGUUCCUAGCUGUGGCAUUGAUGAGACUUACCUGAACCCCAGAAGGUUUGUUCUAGUGGGUCACCCUGAAGAUUGGUAUCAUUGUCAAAGUUGGCCUAAGAAACUGAAGCCAGAAUUACACCAACCCCUGGCCACGGUCCUGGGAAACCUGCUGCUCAUCCUGGCGGUCAGCACCGACUCCCGCCUGCACACCCCCAUGUACUUCUUCCUCGGCAACCUGUCCUUCGUGGACGUCUGCUUCUCCUCCACCACCACCCCCAAGAUGCUGGCCAAUCACGUGCUUGGGAUCCAGACCAUCUCCUUCUCUGGCUGCCUCACACAGAUGUAUUUUAUCAGUGCAUUUUCAGGCUUGGAUAAUUUCCUCCUGGCUGUGAUGGCCUAUGACCGCUUUGUGGCCGUGUGCCACCCCUUACAUUACAUGACAAAGAUGACCCAUCAGCUCUGUGUCCUGCUGGUGGCUGGGUCCUGGGGCGUGGCCAGCCUGCAUGCUCUGUUGCACACCCUGCUAAUGGCUGGACUCUCAUUCUGUGCAGACAACACCAUCCCCCACUUCUUCUGUGAUGUGACUCCUCUCCUGAAACUCUCCUGCUCAGAAACCCACCUCAAUGAGAUGAUGAUUCUAACUGAGGGCCCCCUUUUCAUUGUCACCCCACUUGUUUGCAUCCUGGCUUCCUAUGUGCACAUCACCUGUGCUGUCCUGAGAGCUCCUACCACAAAGGGAAGAUGGAAAGCCUUCUCCACCUGUGGCUCCCACCUGGCUGUCGUGUUCCUCUUCUAUGGCACCAUCAUUGCUGUGUAUUUCAAGCCCUCGUCCUCUCACUCAGCUGAGAAAGACACCGCAGCUACAGUGCUGUAUACAGUGGUGACCCCCAUGCUAAACCCUUUCAUCUACAGUCUGAGGAACAGGGAUUUGAAAAGAGCUCUGGGAAAGGCGUUUGGCAGGAAGACAUGUCCCUACUGGUGAAAGUGCUGUGGACCCAUCCCAUCAUUCCCAGGCACAGAAUCUUUGCCAAAACAUUGAAAUACAGCAAUGUACUUGUUAAA